CGAAACCCCCUGAUCAUGUACCAGGAUCCCGCUGUGGCCCGAUUGGAACGUCGUCACCGUCUGGGAAAGGCAAGAGGAAAGAGACACAACAAGACAAGAAACGGCUAAAUCCGAUGUGUGCCAACCCGUAAUUUGAUGCCCAACCGGAGUAGCAGGACCAUUCCAAUGAGAAGUUGAUGACUGAAGCAUCGGGCUUGGGAAGAGAGGGAGAAAAACCUAUUGAAAUACCAUCAUCAGCGUGGAACGCGGGUACGAGAAAAUUUUCGAUGAUUUACGUAUGCAUGAGGAGUACUAUUUUGUAGAAUCCAACUCGGAGGAUGUAGCUGAGGCAAUGCGAGAGGAUGACCUGGACGAUGAAAUUACAGAGGAUGAUGAUCCAACAUGCCCUACUAUUCCAUUCAAAGCAAUGGAGAAGCAACGUUGGAGACGACAAUAACGAUCUGCGCUUUUGUGAAGGUGUUGGGACAGACCUAUCCAUUCCCGGUGAUAUCGAGAAGACUGGAAAGCCUAAGGGAAAAAUGCGGGAUAUUGAAAAUAUCCAGCCUCUCAUUGGGAUACUAUGUGGUGAAGUUUACAUCGGAAUUUGACUAUGAGCAGGCGACGGCAGGAGGCCCUUGGAUGCUGGGGAAUCAUUACAUUACCGUACGUCCCUGGCAGAAGAAUUUUGAUCCGAAGGAUGCAGAAGUGACUACCACAAUGGUGUGGGCUCGGAUGCCUGGUCUACCGAUUGAGUUUAUCAAUCGUGAGUGCUGCAAAAUUGCCUCGAGAAUUGGCAAACCGAUCAGGGUGGACAGGGUUACCCAAACAAGCGAAAGAGGGCGGUUUGCAAGGGUUGGUGUGGAGGUGAACCUCAAGAAACCGCUAUUGUCUAAUUAUAAUAUCGAGGGCAAGACCUACUACGUAGAAUUUGAAGGUCCGCACCUUAUAUGCUCUGAAUGCAGGCGUUAUGGACGUGUUAAGAAAGGCUUCAUGUCGACAAAUCCACCCAAGAGGCAACCUACUCCACCCAUGGAGUAUGACAAGAAAGUACAGGAAGUAGGAGAACCUACAUAUGGGAAUGGAUGGUGGCAAAACCUCGAAACAUGAGGAAUCAAGCAAGGAAUAAGGAAUCCAAUGGGUCACAAGCGCAACAAUCAAAUCCCUCGUUUGAGGGAUCACGGUUCAGAAACUUGGCAGAUCAUGAUACUGCUAGUGAGGAGGAUGUGGAUGAGGAGAUAAUGAUGGAGGAACUGAUGAGGAGGCAGCAGAUGGAAAAUGUGGGUGAUGAUGAAGUGACAACCAGUGCGCAAGAAAGGAACAAUAUAUAGGUUGUGAUGGCGGACAAGGAACAGUCGAAGGGUGUCACAAAUGAGAAACAUGUUUAGCAGAGUGUAGCGGAUACGAGUAACCUAGUGAAACAAACGGAACAAACACCUGGUAAUGAGGUAACAAGUGAGCAGAAUAUUGAGUCUCAGAGUGAGGGUGGCAAGCAUGGGGAGCUAAGUGCGGUCCAUGUCACAGUACACAUAAAAACAGGGUAGGGUUCAUUACAAGGGAAGACAAAAGUACAAGGUAAAGGUGGGAAGCAGAAAUUUGAGGGAGCCUCCAAGGGAAACCUAGUAGGGGUCGGAUUAGGUACAAACCAGAAAAAAGAAUUGGCUCGAGAUGGGAAUCACAAUAAGCAAACAGAGAAGGGGAAGGUAGCAAGUGCAAACAGGAAGUCAAAAGCUGAUGGUGCGGGGAACCUAUCCCCUCAAAAGAUGAUGGAAGUCGGGGACAGAUAGGUGUGUCGUAGGUGUAAUUAGAUGGAGCUAAGCGGUCAAUAUCAAGAUGAGAAAUUAACAUCAUCUACAAACACAAUAUUCUCUAGCAAUCUUUUCAAUAUUUCAAUAACUUCUUGAGCAUUGAGCUAUAAUUCGACGAACUUGUGAGUUAUUUUCUUAUUGUUAAGUGUUAAAUAAAUUAUUGAUCAUUUG